AUGUCAAUGCAUCAGAACCUGGAUAAUGCAAUAUGCCUUUUGGCAUUGAUCUCCGACCGACCACCGGGCCUUGAAGAAUCAAUAGAGACAGAAGCAAGAGAGAUCGAUACAGAGUCAUCCCAAUCCGAUGACGAAUUAGAUGAUCCUGAAGAUCCAACUGUGUUAGGCACCGAUUCAGAACAUGAACAAUACCGCGUUGAACUGAAGAAUCAAUUCCUCGACCGACUGGCCGAAACAUUAGCUCGCUUCAAAACCGAUGCCAAGGCCAAAUCAUCGAAGGAUGCAAAACAUGUUUCCGCAGUUAUGAUGGUCUGCUACGAAGACGAAGAGCGUGCUAAAAUCUUUUGCGCAAAGAAUGAAGGGCUUGAUAAAGAAGAUGAUGACUUUCUAGCUAGGUGGAAGUUACGUAUGGAAAGUAUCGCGGGCAAGGAGCAUGCCUCAGAUGACGAUAGCUUUGCCAUGUUCAACCUCGUUGCAGAUCAUCAAUGGCCACGAAUCACAACUUAUCUUGAGUCGCUGAGGCGGGGUUUUCGAUCUCAAAUAAACCCAGGCUUGGUCAAGAGUGUACCCAAAACCCUUCUAUUAGAAGAGCGAGUUUCAACUAUUCCAUCUUUGCGGAUCAAGGAGUGGGAGGACGACAAUAAGUUUUUGUUUACUAUACCGCUAGACUAUUCCGUGCGAGCAAAACGUUCUGUGCUUGCGGAAGAGUUGACCAACGUAAACUCAAACACUACUUGCACUGGUGAGACAGUAUGCGAGAUCCAAGGCAGUGUUUCCGAGCUUUUCGAGAAUAUUCACCGCCUCUGUCAACUUGAUACUACACGAGAUGACCAGACAAGUCUUCUAAAGAAAGUUAUGAGUCAAAUGUUUGUUCUCUGGAGAGAGCCCCGUGCUCGAUUCAUGCUGAAAGCAGCCCUAAGAAGGCAGAAAGACAAAGACACUUUGCUGUUUCUGGCCAGGGUCUGCUAUGCUGCAUAUAUCUACGUCGAGAUUGCGAAGGUCUGUAAAUCCUUUCGGUCUAUCGAGAUAGUGUCUGUUCCGCCCAGCGGAAAUCAAGGUCAGCACAGAAGCCAACGCCGGCGUAAGAAAAAACAGCGACAAGCAGCAGCAGAAGAUCAAUGCGCAAAUAUCCUAGAUGUCAUCCAAGCUUUAGGUCUCACUUUUCACCCUAGCUGGACAUAUUAUCUUGCUCAAAAUGCGGCGCGGUUCACCGAGAUGCGCAAAUCAAAACGAGAUAAAGAAUUUCACCACGCAGAAACUCAACUCCUGGCUUAUUUUGAAUGGAACGUGCCUAUGCCCUCCGCAACAAAUAAAGGAAGCUUAUCGACACAACUCCAUCUGGCCAUGGAGCGUUUACUCAUGGAACUGAAGGUUUCCCUCCAGACUUUGUUCGACGAACCGCGAGGAAAACGCCUUGAGCUCAAGGCACAGUCCUCGCAUGCACUUUCCUCCACAGGAGCAAUAUGGCAGCGGAAGCCGGAAUACUAUAAUUCGUCUUAUCGAGGCUUCCAACGUAUGAUGAUGAUGCCCACAGCGUUCAAUAACGGAUUGCUUAUUACGCCAGUUCAUGAUAGGCCAGGAUACGCAUUGGUCACAGGAGCCCGCGUUGGUCGUCAAUUAACAGAGGUGACACUCAGAGAAGCCGAACGGCUUAAGGAUCUGGAUAUUCCCCUCUUUCGAGACGAUCAUCUCUGCAAGACUUUCGGUUUCAAUGUCUGCAUUCAGGAAAGCGACAUCGUCAAUCUCUUCUGCAUAUACAACAGUCUGACCAGCAGUUUUUCGUCAAAGAGGCUUCAAUAUUUUUCCGAGAACCAUGCUCUAGGUAGACUCAUUGAGCAUUGGAUCCAGUGUCAAGCGGCACAGAAUAACGCCGAAGAAUGCGGUUGCUUCCCGUGGUUCCUCGAUUUAUAUCAAUCAGGCUCCUUCGAUAUCCCUAAUCAUGGUGGAGAGUACCGUUACCAGAUGUGGGCCAUACAAGAGCUGGGGAAGAUGUUCUCCAUUAAUUAUGACGAUGUUCUCUCUGGACCAGAAUGUGUUGUUAUAUUUUUGUACAAGAUCCUUCUCCGAGACAUCAACAACAUUCCCAAUGUUGGUGAUCCAGAGUGGAUCAGAUUCGGAUUCUGCUAUUGCACAAAGACGGCGCAGAAGCAACUCCUUGCAAAGGCUUACAUCCAGCUCGCCACCCAUGCAUCUCUCGAUGAAAUAGCAACAGCAUGGAUGUCCGACACGUUAAUUGAUCUCAUGACGACUAAAGGUAUCUCCAUAUCAUCUCUCGUUUCCGAAGGAAUCUUCCCCCAUCAACCAUCCCCUGAAACAAUCGGCAUCUACCGCCUCAUGUCAGAAGUUUCACACGGUCUCGCCGGGUGUCCAAGCUGUGCAUGCAAGAACGCCCGAUGCAACUUCCAUUCAAAAAAUGAGCCUUUGCUCUGCAAGGAAUCUGAGGCCGACUACGGUUUUCUAUCAGUUAAUACAUGGGAGCGGUGGCGAAUGUUGAACUUCUAUUCCGAUCUCUUCGCAAAUCCCAAUUUCAAUCCGCAAAAGAUGCAAAAAGCAAAGCGAGACCCAGAUGCACAGGCACUCGAAACAUAUAUCGAAUCCUUGGCCCCGGGGUUUCGUCGCACGAUCGGGAAUGAGCAUCUGACGGAUGGAAUGUUUCCCAAACUUGGCACUCGGUUGAGAUUCAAGGGCCCUCAUCCGUCUUGCCAAUGUUUUAUUCAUAGAAUUCCUUCCUCUGAAGGCGUGGAUUGUAACGUCAAUAUAGAGAUUGAUUGGAUCCGCGAACAAUACGAGAGAAGAAGAGACAAGGUUUCUGAAUAA